AUAGCGUUGUCAAGGGAAGGCAUUUACACUACGUAGGCACGUUUUCGGUAGGUAAAGUUUUGCUCUUUUCUGCAAUUGCUGGAACGGAAGCACAAUGGCAGUCGAGAAACUCUAUAUCAGCUACAAUGAAAUCCACCAAGCUAUUGCGGACUGCGUCGACAACCAAGGCGUUUAUGAAAACUUCAAGCCGACUAUGAUUAUCGCUAUCGGCUCUGGCGGAUUCAUCCCUGCUCGCAUGCUGAGGACCUUCCUCAAGGCCAAAUGCGGCAAGUCGCUGCCCAUCCAAACCAUCGGUCUCGUGUUGUACGACGACAACCUAGACAAGUAUGACCCAGAAACAGCUGUCGUACGGAAAACACAGUGGCUCAACUACAGCGCGGGAGAGGGUACGGGCAUCUCCCUACAGGGUCAUCACGUCCUGAUCGUGGACGAGGUGGAUGACACGCGCAAGACCCUGUCGUACGCGGUUUCGGAGCUGUCAAAGGACAUUGAGAAUCAGCGGGCGGAGUACGAAGAGCGGCGGCGGGAGGGGGAGCCGGAGUGGGUGGCUCCGCGACUGGGUGUGUUUGUCGUACACAACAAGAGCAAGCCCAAGAGCGGCCAGCUGCCACCGGAGAUGAUGACGUCCGCGUACUUCAAGUGCAUGGAUGUCCCCGACAACUGGAUUGUCUAUCCCUGGGAUGCUCUCGACAUUGCUUCCCACCAGCGGGCAGCGGAUGCCAAACUUCAGCAACAACAACCCAAGGAGGGUGCGGUACGGAGGGAGAGCAGUGGUGAGGGAGUGGAGAAUGGCGGCUGUGGCAACGGCAGCGGCGAGGAUAACAGCAACGGUGCUUCGGUUUCGGAGCCAGUAGCGGUUGAGGCGGUGGCAACGGUGGCUGCGGAUAAGGACGCGGCAGCGGAAGAGGGGCAGGACGAGGCGGGAGGCGAGCCGGCUGCGAAGAAGGCGCGCGUGGCUGCUGAGGCGGCAGCUGGGGGGCAGUGAUGACUGAUGACUGGAAGGACGGCAGCGACAGCGACAGCAGCAGCAGCUUAGGGGUAGCGAGUGGGGAUAGCAGCACGUAGCAGAGCGUGAUACGGGGCGCAAGAAGGGGAGGGGGAUACGCAAGCAGGGGGGUAGGGUGGUGGCAGCAGCCGAAUCGGCACUAGCACAAAUGGCCGUCGCGUGCUUUGUACAGCAAUGAGGGGAUCAGGGGCAGCAGCAGUGGAAGCUACCAGUACUUGAAUGAUAUGAACCGAUCAGGGAUUGGCAGGCGGGUGUAUGAGAGUGAGGGGCGUUACGUAUGUAACAUUUGCCCGGGAUCCGUUAUUGUAUCCAACUACGUUACCCUGUGUCGUCCUUGCCCUAUGUUGUUCAUGAUCAUCGUAGUAUCGUCGCUGAGCCGUACUUCCUAUCGUUGUCAAUCAGCCGCGUGUGUUCUGCUGUAAGCGUUCUUAGCCCUUCACUGCGUUUUCACAACUUGUUAUGCGUGCGUGUGCAGCAUGUUCGUUGACCGUUUUAUUGUUAACGUGCGCCAAGGGAAGCUAACGGAACCCAAUGUGCAUAUGCGCUGGUGUGCUGGCAGCGAGCGCAAGACGUUGUGGGGACCUUGCAGUAUGGCGGGGUGUGGGCAUAUGGUGUCAGACACGUGGGAGGCGAUGGGAUAACGGUAUGGCAGGGUACGAGCGGCGGCGUCCGGACGUGUGCGGGUCACCCUCUCUACGCCUGGUGAACGACGGAAUCUUAAAUGGCGGGUUGUAUUUGUAGUGUACUAUCCAGAGUGACAUUGCUAGCUACUAACCAACCAUCGCUCGCUCCGAAAUUGUUCGCAACACAUGAUGAGGUGGUGGGUGGUGUCUCGUGCCGUCCUCUGUACGGAACCUAUGUCUUGAUACGAUAAAACAGUAGCUCGUUCUAGUUGACGCAAGGGGCGCACGGUAAAGUUGAGGCUAGUCGUUUUUUGUAGUACAUGGGAGGUACACGGGCUCUGUUGUGUACGCCUUGACACGUACAUGCACUCUGAUGUAUAGCGCCAUGAAUGUGUUACAUGCGACAGUUGCAGCGUGUACGGCACAUAUGAGUAUCGUGCCUUACUAAGGCUUAGCGUCUUGCUACAAAAAUAACCGAUGGACUGCCAUGGGGCGUUCACCUAGUGAAUCGGAAUCGAAGCCAGAAGCGUCAGCAAAGGUUGAAAGUUCUGUGCCGUCGGUCUGAAGGAUCUUGCGACGCGGGAGAGGGGUGAGCCAAGGUUUGACGGUUGGGGAGCACCAUGCAGGAGGUAAUGAGGGCAUUCUGGGGUUUCGGAGCCGUGAGGCCCGUGGGACAGCUGCCGCCUUGCGGUACUGGGUCCGGCUUAGGCUCACACGGGCUCAAUACAUUACUCCUGCCAUGAAAUAAGUUACUCAUAAGUUUGUUAGUGGGGGGCUGGAAUCCUGUAAUGCUCGGGAGGCCGUCAAUGCAGAAAAGAGGUUGGCACCCUUGGCAGGAACAGGUUCAUUCUGGGUACGGCAUCCCUAAGACUUUUGUACUGACUGCAAGCAGUCUGUUUCUACGGCAGCUUUUUCCUUACUCGUAACUGCCAGUUCCGCUCGUCACAAGCAAUCGCCGCAUUGCCCCUGCUGUCGCCGUGCUUUGUCGCCGACUCCUGCUCCUACUGUAGGGGAGUGAUCCCGAAAGAGUUGUCAAUGUGUGUUCCUGCCGAAUAUUGAAUAGAUUGUAAUACCGGUGCCUCCUAAAUCACGAACAGAGAAAAUGUUGUCGGCUGGUCGCGCCCAUCAACAAGUCAGGCAUGUAUGGGCGGCUGUUCCUUGGGCAGGGCAGGCUGGAUGCAGCUGCAAGGAGUCGUUGUGCACUAGCUCCCCCAUUUCGGACGCGCGCGAGGAGUCAGCGUCUUGUCGCUCGGAGUACAGCUCCGAAACAGUACCUCAUGCUUUUCCUCGAGAGGGCGGAGAGCUGCGGACUGAGUCGACCAUUGAUUGCCGGGCAAGCUCGUCAGCUUGCAGCUCCAGCUUCAGUACAGAAACCUCUGUAGGGCAAUGCCGCACCCCAUGGUACUCGGGCAUUACAUCAAUCUUGCGGUCGCCGGCAGCAGCUGUCUCAUCGUCAUCCCUGCCUGGUGGCGCUGUGGGUCUUGCGGUGGCACCGCUGUUUAUCAGCCGGGCGUAUCACCCCUGGUACUAUGGCAGCAAGCUGCGGAACCGGACUAUCCUGUCGACGAUGUCGCUGGAUGAGCUUGAAAGCAUGCUCCGCCAUGAGGGGACCAACCUGGACCACAUCAACCUCGCGGCCUUCCUUCAGCAGCUCCAGCGGGCGGCGGCAGCGGAGGCCACUGCCGCAGCAGCGGGCUCCUCCUCCUCAGCCGCCACGGCUGACCCAGCAGCAACAGGAGCAGCAGGGGCUUCCUCCACCUCUGGGACCCAGGCGGUUGUGGCGGCUGCGGCGACUCGGGCGGUGGAGCGGCGGGCGACGCAGAUUGCUGCGCAGGCGGCUCAGCUGGUGCGCAGGCGGGCCAAGUGGUACGACCCCCGCUAUGCCGCGCUGGUUGUGUCCCGCACCGCCGCGCUGGGCCACACGGACGGACUGCUGCUGCACGACAUGACAGCGCGGGUGGUGGAGAGGCUCAAUGAGGCGUACAGCCGGGACCUCCUACUCCUCCUCCGCGGCCUCUACGCCCACACCCAAAACUCCGCCUCCUACACCUCCAAUGCGGAGGAGCAGCAGCAGCAGCAGGAGUCGAACCGUCGCGGUCGCCGUGCGGCACCCCCGUUGCCGUACAGCGGCCCUCCUGAUGCGCUGGUGGAGGGGGUGCGGGCUUUCCUGCUGGGCAAGGUGCCCACCGGCCGCAUGCCGCCGGAGAACCUGGACGGGCUGCUGCGCUACCUCCGUGCCCUGAGCGGCCGACCCGUGGGUCAGGAGCUGUGCGCCGCGGCAACGGAGGACCUCAACCGCCGCCUGCCCAUCUACGCGCCGGCACCGCUGGCGGGUGUCCUCUCCACCCUCGCCGCGGAGCGCUACCCCCUCCCCGCGCCCCUCCUCUCUGCCGCCGCGGAGCACUUUGCCGCCAACGUGGAGCCGUACGGCAACGGCGCCGCCGCCGCUCGCUUCCUGACUGCCUCCGCCACCCUGCUGCGGCUGCCUGCCGCGGAGGGGGCGCAGGAGGGGGGUGAGGAGGUGGUUUCGGAGUGGCUGGGCGCCCGGAUGGGGCUGCUGACGGCGUGCCUGCAAGUCAUGGCGCGGGACCUGCCGGACACCCCACCUGAGAAGCUGGCGUCAUGGAUGCAGGCCCUAGCGAAGGUGAAGGCGCCUCUCGCCGCCCUCUCCUCCUCCUCCUCCUCUGGUGACGCUGCCGCCGCCGCCGCUGCCGCCUUUGUUCGCGGCCACGCCGCUGCCGUACAGCGCGCCCUCCCCAGCACCCCAGCACUCGCGCCCUCCGCCGCCGCCGCCUCUGGCGCCACUACAGCUACCAGCAGCGGUGCUUCCCCCUCCGCCUCAGCGGUGGUGACCCGGCUUCGGAGCGCGUACGACGCCGUUGGCCUGCCGUACCCCAAGGGGCUGUAAGCCGGGGUGGGUUAAUGAGAGAACAAGGUACAAUGUAGGACGGAGAAACCAACCUGUCGAACCCAUCGAGCCCGAUCCGGGUUGGUUACGGACAAGUAACUAACGAGUUAAAGCUGGUUUGGGGUGGGUGGGUGUAGUGCGUUCCAUAGGGUUUGCUGUUCCCCCCGUGUAGCACCGCUUGGGCUGUCCGCUUGUCUUGGUGAGCUUUGGAUGGCGGAGCAGUGGGGGAGGAGCCUGGGUGCGCAGGGGGCCCAUUGUUGGGUUCUAGGUGCCUGGACGAUGAUCAAUACGAAGGGAAAGGCAUAGCACGGGGCGGGGACAUACGGUCCUGUUAGCGGGACAUUACGCCGUGGCUUCCUUUUCCAUUGUUUGACGCUAUUGGUGCUUUGCGUGGGGAGGAGUUCGCGUUUGCCGUGUCAUUUUCAUUUGGUCCUUCGCCGUCAGGGCCAACUUGAGAUAUGCUCGGAUGCUCGUGGGGUGGUGGUACGCUUUGUGGGUGGUAAACGGAAAAGGGCUAUUAAAGGAACGGCACGAGGGCAGCGGGGGGUACAGAGCUUCCGUGUGUGUGCAUGGGAUGCGUGCCCGCUUGUCCCCCAAAGGACAGACGGAGGGAUGCCAAGGUGAGCAGUACACGGAUCGACGCUUUUGCAAAGAACUAAGCACAAGGGAUUUGGGGUUGGAGGGCGAGGUAGUUGGGAGAGCAUGUUUGGUGCGGAUUACGGGGGCGGCUGCAAGCGCGCGAAGCCGAGGAUGUGGUGACGGAUACCCGAUGCCCCUCAUAAGUGUUCGAUGGGCAGUCGUGACGCGAUGGGGAUGACAUGAGAGGGUUGCGGGUUGCAGUAGGAGGGGAUAAAGGGGAGGGGAUGUGGCAGGGGUAGUAUUGUGGUACCUACAAGAAUCUCUCAGACGCUCCUCGAUGCACACAGCGGCGAUUGUUUCACGGUCCAGUGCAGUAAGGAUAUGCUGGGGACGGACAGCGCCUUAGGAUAACUACAAGCAAUGAGCGACUCAACCCACGGUUGUUUCGUCGGUGUGGUGGGUGUUGCCGUCCCCGCUUUAAGUUUAGUAGCAAGGUUGCGCCGGACCUCUCGGGUUCAUGUGUGCUGAGCUGCAGGUUAAGGGUUCGGACUCCAGGUGUUCCCCCUUUCCUGGCAGUUUGGAGAUGGCUUGCAAGGGGGCACGUAGCCCAACCGAACGUUCCUCACGUGCGUGCUGGUAAUGGUUAUCUUAACGUUAUGUGUAGUGCUCCGCUACCCUUGCCAUGCCAUGCCUUGCUUCCGUUGUCUUGAGCGGGGGCCAAAGACGUGCCAUGCGAUA